UUUUCAUGGACUUUGAUCCAAUAGCAACAUCUGAACUAACAAAUAGACAACUUCUCCUGAGAAUACAACCCCCUCAUUACUCUUUACGUGGGAAAACCAAAUUGGCAAAGUAACUUAAUAUUUAUAAUCAUGAUCAUUGUUUGAGUGAUUUAGCUUCUGUUACUUAGUUUGUGUUUCCUCCUCAGAAAACCCUAACGUUUUGGUUUCGCAUGUGCAAAUGAUGAGAAACAUUUACAGAGAACUCUACACUGUUGUUGCCAUCAUUCCUUAUUUGUUCCGCUUCGCUCAGUGUAUAUGGAUGUUGGUUGAGGAAAAUGAAAACAAUGAAUGGCCAAAUGAACUGAAGUAUCUCUGCACCAUGUUAGUGAUUGCAGCUAGAACAAACUUCGAAGAAAUGGACUUACUGGCUUAUGGUUUUGAUGGCUGUAACCACUUCGAGCAUCGCAAUAGUGUUCCAUAUUUAUUGGGACAUUUUCAAGGAUUGGGGUCUCAUGAACCGCAAGUAGAACAAUUACAAGGAGGAGCAUGGGAUGAUGAGUAUGAAAAUGAUGACGAUGAUUAUGCUGAGAAGUGGAGGAGGAGAGGAAAUGAUGGAAACAGGUCGGCCAGUAGGUCAUUUGGGUCAGGUAGUUAAAGAUCCAAAGUCUGGAAACGAGUUUGAUGUUAAUGAACUUCGAGACAGAGGCAAAUCUUUCUCCUGCUAAGAAGAAACAUUACUCUAGACAUACAAAUUCUCAGAUCCAAGCAAAUGAAAGUGAAUGUGUAGAUAUGGAGGAAAAUGAUAAUAUCUCGGGAUGCAUGGUUUCUUUUCCAAGUAGCCUAACACCGAAAGCUGUUAAAAACUAUAAUUUGGUAUGUUACGUUAAAUCUCUAGCUUUAUAAAAUAAGAUUUCUUUAAUCACAAUACUCUACUGUACAAUAUUAUUGUUUAUAAUAAAGACUGGUUAUGGUCUUAUAUAUAUGACAAUGUAUGAGAAAAAUCUUCUUUUGGGAUGUUAUAUUGAGUUGUGUAAAUGAUUGAAUUAUCGUAACGUUGAAACUCUUUAGCUUUGCCGAGUACAUGGAGUUUGCA